GUUCCUGACAGUGAGGAAGAGCAGACACGCGGGGAGGAGGAAGAGGAGGAAGAUGAAGAACUGAUCGUCCUGGACCCAGAACAUCCCUUGAUGAAAAGGUUCCAGAAUGCUCUGAAGACCCACCUCAACAAACAGCUGGAGAGACUCAACAUGGAGCUGAAAGAGAAGGCAGCGUCGGAGAAGGUGGAGGCCAGCUGCAGAGAGGAGCUGGGCGUGGAUCUGUACGGUGUCCAGCAGGAGUUAGGCCGGCUCCAGGCCUGUCUGGAGGGCCGCCACGACACCAACACCCAUGCGGUGACCCAGCGGAGGCAGGCCCAGGAGCAGCUGGACGGGGUGAGGGGCCAGUACAGCGGCAUGGUGUGCCAGGUCGGCAAGCAGAGGACCCACGUGUCCCAGUUGCAGGCGGAGGUGGAGAGCCUGGCCCUGCGCCUGUUUUACACGCGCGAGGUCAACUCGGACCUGCGCUCGGACAUCGCCGCCAUGAAGAACGCCUCGCGCAAGGCCGACGCCGAGAAGACCCAGGCGGAGGACCAGAAGUACAAGCAGGACCUGUACGUGGAACGCCUCACCAAGCACAUGGAGAGGCUGACGGAGCAGAUAUCCAUGUACGAGGUCCAGACCCUCGCCCAGUCUGGGGAGACCAAGGCGGCGAAGGAGGCUCUGGCUGAGGCCCAGAUGGAGAUGGACAGUCUUGCGAUGGAGAGGAAACACCUGCUGCAGCAGUGGAACAGCAGCCUGGUGGGCAUGCGGAGACGAGACGAGGCCUUCACCGCCAUGCAGGAGGCCCUCAGCCACGCCAGUCACCAGGUGAUCUCCCUCGACACAGAGAUCGAGGGCUUCAAGAAGUCCGUCACCGGCGAGGAGGAGCGCAACGAGCUGCUGACGGCGCUCCUCCACCGGGCCCAGCUGGACGGCUCCACCUCCCGCAAGCUGAGCAGCCAGAGCCAGGCCCAGCAGGAGGCCCUGCAGGCGCAGUACAGCACGUACACGAGGACCCUCCAGGAGACGGAGAAGACGCUGGCCCGCCUCAACAGCGAGCGCGGCGUGCGUGAGGCGGAGCUGACGUCCCUCAGAGGCCAGAUAGAGGACGGCUGUGCGACGCGGGUGCGACUGGAGAACCGGAUUGUGGCCAAGAUGCAGGAGCAGCUCACCCACGACAACGCGGCCAAAUACUCCCGACGCCUGACCGACCAGAUGGCCGCCCACAAGAGGGACAGCGAGGCCCAGAUGUCUCGUCUGGAGAACGAGGUGGCGGUGGUGACGCUGGAGGUCAGCGAGGUGACCCUGCGUCUGGAGGGCCUGGCCCGCGCCCAGGCCGCCCUGGAGGAGGAGCUGGAGCGCCGCAACGGCCUGCUGUCGGCCAGCGAGGCCACCAUCGCCAAGCUCGUCAACGUCAUCGAGCGCAAGCAGGCCGCCAUCAACGUCUACAACCGGAAGAUCGAGCAGAUCGUGGCCAGCACCGGGCACGAGGACAUGGGCCCCCUGGAGAUCCGUGCCAGCACGCUGAGCAGGGAGCUGGAGGAGGUGUGGGCCGAGAUCAAGGAGCAGCAGCAGUUCUGGCUGUGGCAGCAGGGGGAGCUGGUGAGCCUGGCCCAGGACCGACAGACCCAGAGCGCCGCCCUGCGCCACCUGCAGACGCAGCUCACCAUCCUGCUGCAGAGGAAGGUCCGCACCGAGGGUGACAUUGAGCAGGAGCGCAGGGAGCAGGUGGAGCUGGAGAGACACAUGAAGAUGCUGGAAGCCGACAUGCUGAAGCUGAACACCCUGCUGAGUCAGAACAGCCAGCUCAGCCAGGCCCUGGAGCAAGGCAACGUCCUCAUGGAGACAGACUUCCUGCACAGGCUCAAGGAGGCAGAGAGGGAGUCUGUGGACACGCAGAUGAGACUUGAGAAGAUCAAGGAGGAGAAGGAGAGACUCCUCAAUAGUCUGAUAGAGGCCGAGCGCCAGAUCAUGCUGUGGGAGAAGAAGACCCAGCUGGCGAGAGAGACCCUGUCGGCGGUGGACUCAGAGGUGGGCCAGGGAGACAUCCGCACCAUGAGGGCCGAGAUCCACCGCAUGGAGGUGCGCUACGGGCAGCUGGGCAAGCAGCAGGAGCGUCUGCUGAGGGACAUGGAGGCGGUGGUGGCUCGGAGGGAGACCAUGGUGAUGAGGAGCGAGGCCCAGGCCCGCAGCCAGCGCAAGCAGCCCACGCACGCAGACCUCCACGGCAUGCUGCAGAGCCUGCGCAGGAAGAUCCUGGACACCCAGAAGCAAGCGGAGCAGUGUGACGGGGUGAUCCAGGACCUCCAGCAGAGCCAGGCUGGGUUGAGCAGCAGCCUGAGGGAGAAGCAGCUCCAUCUGGGAGAGCAGCACGGGGCCAGCACCGUCCUGACCUCUGACCUCCACAGUCUGCAGGACACCAAGGAGAGGAACCUGGCCCGCCUGGUGGCCCUGCAGGGCCGGGCCAAGCAGCUGGAGGCGGUGCGUGGGGGCCGCUACAGCGUCCUCUCGGCGGGGGGCCCGGAGGCCCUGGGGCUGGGCCUGCAGCAGCAGGAGGACAGGCUGCACGCCGUGGCCUCCAUCCUGCAGCGCGCCACCCAGGAGUUCCCCCAGCACCAGGGGCCGCUGCGACGCCUCUCCCUGGCCCUGGCCGCCCGCCUGCACGCCGCGCCGCUGCAGCCGGACGGCCAGUCAUGA